AUGGCAGCUACUCAAACCUACCCUCGCCCGGACUUUGUCCGCCCCAACCUCAAUUGGCAGCUCCUCAACGGCACGCGCUGGUCGCUGCUGUUCGACGACCAGGACAUUGGGCUGUCGGAGGGCUGGCACAUCCACGGGCCCCCGGACCGGGUCACGCUGACGGGCGGCUCGUCCUCGGCCGAGGGCAGCGCCGCCGAGGACGCGCAGCGCCUCGAGGCCUUCCCCGAGCUCAAGGAGAAGUACUGGAAGGGCUCGGACGCCACCGAGCACGCCAAGAAGCCCAUCAACGUCCCCUUCGCCUUCCAGUGCCCGGCCUCGGGCUGGGGCGACAACGCCGCCCACGAGGUGCUGUGGUACGAGACGCCCCUCGGCGACCUCAGGACCCAGGCCGAGCGGGACGCCGGCCACCGCGUCCUGGUGCGCUUUGGCGCCGUCGACUACGAGGCGAGCAUCUGGGUCGGUGGCCACUUCGUCGGCGGCCACCGCGGCGGCCAUGUGCCUUUCGAUGUCGACGUCACAGACGCCCUGGCGGCGGCCGGGGGCAAGGAGACCAAGUUGGUGCUUAGGGUGCGGGACAGCCCGAGCGACCUGGAGCAGCCCAGGGGCAAGCAGUACUGGGCCCCGACGCCGGAGAGUAUCUUCUACACCCCCAGCUCGGGCAUCUGGCAGAGCGUCUGGGUCGAGGUAGUCCCGAGGGCCAGGAUUGCGGGAAGUAGCGACGGGACCGUGUUGAAGUCUAACGACAUCGAGAGCGGCGUCCUAAAAGCACAGGUUGCUAUUCUUGGGAGCAGAGCGGCUGGCCAGUACGCGGUAGAAAUCGAGGGAAGCAUUGGCGGUGUUUCCGUUGGCAAGGCGAAGGGCAAUCUUCCGAAAGACAAAGACUACGUCAACUUGGAUCUCAGCUUGAAAGUCCCAGCCGAGAAGCUGAAGGAGAUAUCAGCUGAAGUUGUUGGGGCUGCGCCGUUGGACAAUGUCCGAUGCUGGAAGGAUGGCUUGGCGUUAUGGUCUCCGGACCACCCCCUCCUCUAUGACCUCAAGAUCCGACUGUAUGACUCUCAGGGCAAAGUCCUCGACGAGGUGGAUACAUACACAGGAAUGCGAAGCCUCGACUGGCAGCGGGGUGAUGGCACAUUCAGACUCAACAAUGAACCCCUAUUUCAAGCUCUAUGCCUCGACCAGGGGUACUGGCCAGAGACCGGCUUGACGCCACCAACUCCUGAGAGCCUGAAGGUUGAUGUCGAGUUGUCCAAGAAGAUGGGUUUCAACGGGUGCCGGAAACACCAAAAGGUCGAAGACCCCAUCUUUCUGUACUGGGCGGACAAGCUGGGGUACUUGGUGUGGGGCGAGAUCGCGAAUGCCUACGAGUUCAGCCCGGAGUACAUCAAGCGGUUCGACCAAGAGUGGACCGAGUCUGUCAAGCGAGAUAUCAACCACCCCAGCGUCGUUGCGUGGACGCCUGUGAAUGAAAGUUGGGCCUACCCUUCACUCCGGGACAAUAUCGAUCAGCGCAACCACAUCAGGUCUCUCUACUGGAUGACGAAGUCCCUUGACCCAACCCGGCCAAUCAACGACAACUGCGGCUGGGAGCAUGUACAAACAGAUCUUUCGACGUACCACGACUACAACGAUGCGCCGGAACUGGCGAAACGCUGUGCCACACAGCAGACCAGGUUCGACGAAGAAUUGCACGGCGGCCGCCGUAUGUUUGUCCAGCCCAUCCCCGGCGAUGAGGGAGCUCAACACAAGGCCGGGGCCCCGAUCAUCUGCACGGAGUUCGGAGGCGUCAACAUCGCUCCCGCAGCGGGUACCGACAAGGGCGAGCGCGACUGGGGGUACACGACCGCAACUGAUCCUGCAGAUCUGCUCAAGAGGAUCGACGCCCUGGUUACUGCCGUGGUGCAGGGUGGAUACACGAGCGGAUUCGUGUACACGCAACUAACGGACAUCGAGCAGGAAGUCAACGGUCUUUAUGCAUUUGAUCGUAGAGAAAAGAUUGACCCUGCGGAGCAGCUCUACGAGCCACACACUGGACUACACACCCCCAGGAUCGGCCAACUACACCCAGAGGAGUCCACAACAUACAAGGCUGUCUACAUAAUGAGUAAUCAACCUCAAGCAGGCCAAACCCCGCAGAGGCGGAUCUGUGACUGGCCAUUAGGCCUCAUCGGCCGAUGCCCCCUAUACGUCAAACCGGGGAGCAGCUACUGCAAGAUCCACAAGUGCAAGUACGACGGGUAUCACGGAGUGUGCGAAAACCGAUGCAAAGAGAACGCCAUCGACUCUCACCCGGACGGCCCGCUGCAGCCCAUGUCCCCGUACUGCAGCUACCACGCCUGCGACGCAUACCGGUGCGAGCGCCAGCGGCGGCCGCGCUGGGUCGAGGGCCCGGCGGCUCUGCGACGUGAUCCGCAGGACCUGCUCGGCGGCAACGAGCACUUCUUCAAGUGGUGCCGCAGGCACCAGUGCGAACACCUGCUGUAUUCGGGCGGGCACGAGUGCGUCGAGAGGGUCCAGGUCGAGGCGGGCGAGAGGCACUUCUGCGGUGCGCAUAAUCCUGCCAGGAGGAGCUGGCAGGGACCAACGGCUCAGGGUCCGUUUGCAUAG